CACGCCAAACUAUGCGACUCUCUUCAAAACCCUAAUAUCGCCCUGUGGGUAAGCUUCGCUUGACGAUUUCGACUCAGGGGUGAUGUUGAGACCUGGUUUGGCUUGAAGACUUGGAAAGUUCUGGCUGUUGUCGAAUUGUAAUCGAGGCGUUCUUGGUGUAAACACGUCGUGCGGUUAUGGAAAACAUGUGUUUUCGGGGUUUUGUGAGGUGUUAUAAAAGAGUCACGUCAAUGGCGCGCACCGUUUAAUCCGGUAAAAGUGCUCGACGGUGCUACUGGCUUGGAGGUUUAACCAAGUGUAAAACGUUAAAGGUCUCGAGAACCAUGUGGACUCUCGGGGACGGUGGGUGGUAUCCGGUGAAAGUGGCUGGGAUUUUGGUGGUGCUGGCAGCUCUGCAAUAUGGAAUGGCAUUGGGCGUGGCCACGGAAGAUACGCGGGUGUUCCUGACGGUGAAAAGUGCCAGUGUUGCCAGCUUAAGCCUACCGGACGUUUCAAGUGCCUUUGUGAUUGUGACCGAUCUGAUGAUCAGCCCCGGAGGCCAACCGUUGCCGUUCUUGAACGGAGAAAUUGACGAAACCUACUUCAAGGGACUGCAGGACACCAAACCGGAUGUGAAGUUCCUGGCAUCGUUCGGGGGUACCUCGACACCGCCGGAGCUAUUCUCUCACCUGACCAUGGGUAACAAGCGACGGGCAGGGUUCGUGCAGAACCUGAUCCAGUACGUAACGAGUUACGGCUUCGCGGGAAUUGACAUCGCCUGGCUGUACCCGACGACUGCCGAUAAGGUAUGUUUGUUGCCCUCGAAGGCACGGAAUUCCUUAAAAGAACACCUUAUAAACCUCAUCCUUCUAGGAUGGCUACACGAACUUGCUGAAAGAACUACGUGAGGCGUGUGACCAAAUGAAAUUGAUCCUGACGGUUACGGUUCCCAGUAAUCCGUCAGUGAUCGAGAAGAACUAUCCGGUGGAGGAU